CUUCCCCAAAUUACAACAGGAGCAUGGAAAAACUCAAUAGAAGAAUGGACAGCAGAAGACUGGAAUGAAGAUCUUUCUGAAACAAAAGUCUUCACUGCUUCCUCUGUUCCAGCUGAGAAUCAUGUGACUCCUGGGCAAAGCAUUGAUUUGGUAACACUGCUUCAAAAGCCUGUGACAUCUACCCAAGAGACAGAAGGCAACUCAUUUGAGGCUCCCCAGCAGCAGACCUUCGGCCAAGCCCUAGUCUUCACAAAUUCUCAGCACAGCACCCAAAUGGCACCAGGAACUGGCAGCUCCAGUGCUGUAAACUCUUAUUCUCCUCAAAGUCUGUCUGCAGUUCUUUGUUCUGGCUUUGGAGAACUCGGAUCCUCUAAAUUGGCAAACUCUACUGGAUCCCAAAUCUUGGAUCAGUUGAAAUCUCCAGGACUGGGUCAGUUUACCUCUCAGCAAAACAACAGUAGCUCUACCACCACUACCACAACUACCACAUCAUCCUGGGAUCUAAAGCCGCCCAUUACUCAGCCCUCAGUCCUUAGUCAGUUUGACUUUAAAUCCCAGCCUGAACCAUCCCCAGUUCUGAGCCAGCUGACCCAGCGACAGCAACAACAAACGCAGGCAGUUCCUGUUCCUCCUCCUGGGCUGGAGUCCUUCUCCUCCCAGGUAAAACUCCGAGAGCCAUCGCCAGUAGACACCUCUACAGCUGUUAGCAAAAUGUUACAACUCCCUACUAUAUCUAUGGAUAACCAGGCAGUGACUGCCCAUCAAACCCAGCAGAAACAGAUAAAACCACCAAAACGGAGGAUAACUCCAGCAUCCAAGAUUCCUGCCUCUGCAGUGGAGAUGCCUGGAUCAGCAGAUGUGACAGGGUUAAAUGUUCAGUUUGGAGCUCUGGAGUUUGGAUCAGAGCCUGCACUCCCAGAGUUUGGAUCAACUUCAAGCAGUGAGAAUACCAGCCAGGCGACCAACAAUAGCUUGUACUCAAAAUCUGUAAAUGAUCCUUUGAAUACCUCUUUGCCAAUAUCCAAUACAGUACAGGAGUCCACCUACACAACCUCUGCCAUCACCUCUUCCAGUCUGACCUGCUCAUCCCAGAGCACUAGCCCAGUAACAACUUCCUCCUAUGACCAGACUUCUGUGCAUAGUAGGAUAGCGUACCAAAGCUCCAUGGCUCCAGCUGAAUCAACCCCUGUUGCAGUUACGAACGGCCACAGUGGUGUUAGAACACAGGCAACUCUUGACACUACUUCAUCAGUUCCAGCGCCUAAGACAGAGCCUUCUCCCUCACUACCUUCUGCUGGUUCUCUGCCUAGCGUGGUAUCCACCACUGCUUCGCUUCUGCCUUCACCUCCGCAGCACGCGGCAACGUUGCCCAGCUUGCCUCAGUCCAGUGAUUUGGCCAGCAGCUCACUUUCCCAGUUAAGCAGCUCUCUUUCCAAUCAUCAGAGCAGCCUCUCCCCUGCCUCAGUGUUGUCUUCAAGCACAUCACAUGCACACACUAGUGUUGACAACACAACUUCGCUCCAGCCCUCAACAACCUUUUCAACUGCUUCAACCUCAGCCACUAGCACCACCUCUUCGGUUGUCAGCAUGGCAAGCAGUAUGAACACUACAAACAGCCUUGGCCUGAGUGUUACCAGUGUGUCUAUACCAGCUGCUACCACACGGGCAGCUCCCUUAGUGUCUUCAGGCAAAGCUCCCCCAAACCUGCCCCAAGGUGUACCACCCUUGUUGCAUAACCAGUAUAUUGUGGGACCUGGAGGACUUCUGCCUGCCUACCCAAUUUAUGGUUAUGAUGAUCUACAGAUGCUUCAAUCCAGGCUGCCAAUGUGUAUCCGUAGAGGCAGAAAUGGAGCAAUGAGCAGUGAUCUGGAAAAGAAGUAUCAUUGGAUGAAUGCCAUAAUUAAAGGUCCAAGUCAGUACCAGGUCUUCUCUGUGGAGUCUGGGGACAGCCAGAGACAGGUAGUCAAAG